GUCCUCCGAAGAACCGCAUCCCCUUUCCGGGUCAGGCGUCACCAUGCACUCCGACAGCGAGCAGUACUCCGCCGGCGAAGACGUCUCCACAUCGCCACCUUCGUCCUCUUCGCCGCCCCUCGUCCUCUACAAAGCCCCCACCGCCUGGUCCCUGAUCCGAGGCGCCGCCAUCAACCUGCUUCUACCCUUCAUCAACGGCAUGAUGCUCGGGUUCGGCGAGCUGUUUGCGCACGAAGCCGCCUUCAGGUUAGGGUGGGGAGGCACACGGGUUUUCCCCCUCUCACGACGAAGAGCACAUCCCAUCGGCCCGGGCAUCGAGAUUCGCGACCGGCCGAGGACGCGACCGGACCUACAAGAUCUCACGAGCUUGGAGUAAUCCUGCGUCGGAUGAGCAGGGAUUUGUACAUUUACGGGAUAAUAGGAAGUCGCGUGUGCCCGGUAUGGUCUUUUGAUCCGGGAGACCUGCGGGACCAGGCACUGGGAGGAAACCGACGACGGAAUUAGAAAGGGCGGUCGGCUUUAGGAUAUUGCUCGUGUAUGAGCCCUGCCUCUCACCGUCUCUCCCUCUCCCUCUCCCUCUCUCUCGGGACACGCCGGGAGGAGCCGCACGUAUUUAGGUACAUGUGUUCGUACACACGGCCGGAGGGAAAGGCAAAAAUGAUACCUCGCUAGGCAAAAAAAAAAAAAAACUCUUUCUCGAGUUUCCCGCGCGGAACCGAGUCACGCAGAUCUAGAUAAAUGCGUUACUUUUGAAGACAGUGAAUAACUGGAAGCACCUGGCCGCUGACGGGUACCACGCCAAUGCGAGCCGGGCUAACGGGUGCCAUGGAGAGAGAGGAUCAAACGGAGAAGAAGUGGCCGGGUUCCGUGUCUCUAACCACAGCGUUGCCGGGCCCCGAUACAGAGGUAUACCACAAAUAGAGAGCCGUGGCCGGGUAUAUGUAGGUACCUGAUGGGAAUCGCGGGGUAUGUACGUACCAGGUACCUACCUACCUGGGUAUCUCCUA